AUGUCAAGGCCACUCACUGUUCGUAUCCUGCCAAGCCACACCAGCAUCCACAUCACAUCACAGACCAUCAUACCUAACUCAUCAACACCACAUUACUCCACACCACGACCCUCCACCACCCUCAUCCACACGUUCCUCAUAUUAUACCACACCCAUCCACAUCUCAUUACUGCACAUCACACCACGCAUCAACACAGCACCACACCACUACACCACCCAAUACCACACCGCACAAGGACGCGAAUAUCAACACCAACCGCAUCACAGUGCCAAACCUCUUCACCAUCAACACCACAGUUCGUCAUUAACAUCGCACACCGCAUCAAACCACAUCUCUUGGCCACCUACACCAUUACAUCACCACACUGUCAUCACCACUUGGCCACCUACACCAGUACAUCACCACACUGUCAUCACCACGUCACCAGAAACUCAUCACCACUACUGUAUCGUACUUUCAAAACGCUCUACUUGAAGCUACACUAG